AGAUGGACAUUCCUGCAGGUGUAUCUGUUGGUGAUGGGAUCAGAAUGGCUCCAAGGCCCUUACAUGUACUCCCUACUUCGAGAUGAUAAGCAUCUUUCUCCUGCCAUCGUGGCCAUUCUCUAUACAGCAACAUAUGGCGCCGCCGCGGCGUCAGCACCAUGGACUGGCUACCUGACCGACAGGUUCGGAAGACGAGCAGCCUGCUUGUGCUUUUGCGCCAUACACUCACUGGCAACGGUCUCCAUUCUCUUCGACCGCAUCGAAAUCCUUGUCCCGGGUCGGAUGCUGGGAGGCAUCGGACUCUCUCUACUAUGGACUGCAUUUGAGAGCUGGAUGCUCAGCGAACACAAAUCGCGUGAGCUAGAACAGAGCUCAAUACCGAUGAGCUCCAUGUUCGGGAUCAUGACAACGGCCAACUGCAUGACAGCAAUCCUGGCUGGUUUGUUUGCACAUUGCGUGGUCCUAGCUCUCGGCUCAAAGACCGACCCGUUCAUGAUUGGCUUGAUACUGGAUGCUGUCGCAGCUGUCUUGAUGCUGUGUACGUGGAACGAGAAUUGUGGUGCUCAGUUAUCCUCGAGCGUGGAACUCAAUGCAGACACCUGGAUGAAAAAGAAAUCGUGGCUGCAUGAGAUCGCCAGCUUAUUCCAAAACAGAAAGAUAUUGAUCCUAAGCCUGGUAUCAUGCUGCUUCGAGGGAACCAUAUUUCUCCUCAUGUUCUACUGGCCAGGUGCGUUGCAGGAAGCGCACAGCCUUGAUGGCGCUGAUGUUGAUGUUACAACGCCGUACGGGGUCAUCUUCGCGAACUUCAUGGCAUCCAUGGCCCUAGGCGCUCUUCUUUUCGGUAUCCUGAUGGACGAGAGUAGCGGCCUAGAGAACUCAGCGAGAUCGCUCCUCCCAAUUGUCCUGCUUUCCGGAGCAUUGUUGCUUGCCGGUCUCAGCUUCCUAACUGCGGCCCUUGCCAAGACAGAAACGCAACUCUUUGGUGCUUUCCUUGUACUCGAGGCGUGCAAUGGCUUAUACGUGCCAGGUAUUGCGUAUCAACGCGGAAAGAUUGUGAGCGAUGCCGGUAGAGCUAGCGUAUACGGCUUGAUGAACAUACCACUGUUCGUGUUCGUUAUCAUAGCACUCUUGACAACAAAUAAGGAUAGUGGU